GUGAAGACAGCAGGAUCCUUGGAAGCUGCCUGAUGCUUCAUCCCUGAGUAUGUGCAGUAACUCAGGUUCAACAGCAAAUACUGAUGGUGGCCUGGUAGAAGAGUGAGAGCUCAUGUUCACCUCUUUCCAGGAUUGUAAUACAAGAAGAUGAAGACCACAUUCUACAUAAGUUUGCUACUGGCUGGGCUUCAUGCUGUUGCCCAUGGUCAACUCCCACCCAACCACCACAAUGGACAUGAUCCAAAUGAACCUAAAUACCACAUGCAUCACAGAGGUGAAGCAAUCGCUUGCCUCAAACUAGUGCCAAACAAUGCUGACUUUGCAUUUCAAUUUUUUAAAGAGGUUACACUGGAGGCACCUAAUAAGAACAUUUUCUUCUCUCCUGUAAGCAUCUCCACUGCAUUUGCGAUGCUGGCCCUAGGGGCUAGAUCAACCACUCAGACUCAAAUCCUGGAAGGACUCACCUUCAACCUUACAGAGAUUCAGGAGAAAGAGAUACAUGAAGGCUUCCACAACCUUGUCCACAUGCUGAGCCAUCCUGAGAGCGGGGUCCAGCUCAACAUGGGGAAUGCCAUCUUUCUAACAGAGAAGCUGAAACCUCUAAAAAAGUUUUUAGAUGAUGCCAAAGCUCUAUAUCAGCUGGAGGCUUUUACUACUGACUUUAACAAUCCCACAAAGGCUGAGAAGCAGAUCAAUGAUUAUAUAGAGAGGAAAACACAUGGGAAAAUUACUAAUUUGGUCAAGGACAUGAAUCCACAGACUGUAAUGCUUCUGGCUAGCUUUGUUUUCUUUAAAGGCAACUGGGAAAAGCCUUUUAAACCAGAGCAUACCGAAGAAAGGGAGUUCUUUGUGGAUGCUGAAACUACUGUGAAAGUCCCCAUGAUGCACCAGACAGGCAGAUUCGACUUCUAUUUUGAUGAGGAGCUGUCAUGCACCGUGGUACGGCUUCAUUAUAAUGGGAGUGCUACUGCAUUUCUGGUUCUGCCAGCAAAAGGGAAAAUGAAGCAGUUAGAGCAAACCCUGGUCAAGGAAACCAUCCAGGAAUGGUCAGACCAUCUCUUCCAGAGCCUGAUGAGCCUCUACUUCCCCAAAUUUUCUAUUUCCGGGAGCUAUGAAAUAACGAACACUCUUAGCAAGAUGGGAAUUGUGGAUGUGUUCACUGACCAGGCAGAUCUCUCUGGCAUCACUGGCACCCCAGAGCUGAAGGUUUCUAAAGUUGUUCAUAAGGCUGCUCUGGAUGUUGAUGAGAGAGGUACUGAGGCAGCAGCAGCAACUGCUGCUGAAAUGAUGACAGAGUCUCUUCCUCCAACCAUUGAAUUCAACCAUCCCUUCCUCAUGCUGAUUUUUGAUAGAGAUACAAACAGUACACUCUUCAUAGGAAAAAUAGUUAACCCAACUAUUACUAGCUGAAGUGACAUAUGGAUUCUGCUUGCUAUUACUGAUUAAAGAAGACGUGAAACUGCAUGACAUGAUUUAUUUCCAUUUGUACCAGCUUAGUAUAUGGUUCCUUUUUAGCAAGAGUUGUCAUUCUAUGCCAUUAUCAAAAACUAUUGGUAUUGACCAUGACACUUCCUUAAGAGGAAGCAAGGAAAAUGUUUUAAAUUCAGCUAGCAAAGAAUGCCUUUUUUACUUGACUGAAAGCCAAGGAAA